AUGUUAAGACAGGCUAAACAGGCACCAAUACAGAAAUAUUUACAGAGAACGCAACUAAUAAGGCGAAAUGCGCCCCGAAUAUACACUUUUGUACAAUGCAAAAGGACUAUUUAUAGUUUGAAUGCAAGAUCUCGAGCAGCUACUAGAUCUCCCAUAGAUUCAAAGACGAAUGGAUUGAAUGGGGCCGCUGUUUUGACCUUCGCCUUCAAGAGCUUGAAUGAAUUGUCCAAUUUCAGAAGAACGUACGUCCAAAUGAGAAUGGACCCGAAUCAGCAACCAGAAAAGCCAGCUUUAGAACAAUUUGGUACAAACUUGACAAAAUUAGCACGCGACGGUAAACUAGAUCCUGUUAUUGGCAGAGACGAAGAAAUCGCAAGAGCUAUUCAAAUCUUAUCGAGAAGGACAAAGAAUAAUCCAUGCUUGAUCGGUCGGGCUGGUGUCGGUAAAACAGCCCUUAUUGAUGGGUUAGCUCAAAGGAUUGUUGCUGGAGAGGUUCCUGACUCGCUGAAAGAUAAAGAACUAGUAGCUUUAGAUUUGGGAUCUUUGAUUGCAGGCGCUAAAUAUAGAGGGGAAUUCGAAGAGCGUUUAAAAAAAGUUUUAGAAGAAAUUGAUAAGGCCAAUGGUAAAGUUAUUGUUUUCAUUGAUGAAGUUCACAUGCUGCUUGGCUUGGGUAAGACUGAUGGUAGUAUGGAUGCUUCUAACAUCUUAAAGCCCAAACUGGCUCGUGGGUUGCGUUGCAUUUCUGCAACUACUCUAGAUGAAUUCAAAAUCAUUGAAAAAGAUCCGGCUUUAUCAAGAAGGUUUCAGCCUAUCUUAUUGAAUGAGCCAAGCGUCUCCGAUACGAUUUCCAUACUAAGAGGUCUAAAGGAAAGGUACGAAGUUCACCAUGGUGUAAGGAUUACUGAUACAGCAUUAGUCUCUGCUGCAGUUCUUUCGAAUCGUUAUAUAACGGACAGAUUUUUACCCGAUAAAGCUAUUGAUCUAGUCGAUGAAGCUUGUGCUGUUCUACGUUUACAACAUGAAUCAAAACCAGACGAAAUACAGAAAUUGGACCGCGCUAUAAUGAGAAUACAAAUAGAACUAGAAUCAUUAAAAAAAGAAACCGAUCCUGUUUCUGUCGAAAGGAGAGAAGCGUUGGAAAAGGAUUUAGAGAUGAAGAAUGAUGAACUAAGCAGAUUAACGAAAAUAUGGGACGCUGAGAGAGCGGAAAUUGAAUCUAUUAAAAAUGCCAAGGCAAAUUUGGAACAAGCAAGAAUUGAGCUAGAAAAAUGCCAGAGGGAAGGAGACUAUACUAAAGCCUCCGAAUUGCGCUAUUCAAGGAUUCCUGACUUGGAGAAAAAGGUAGCUUUAAGCGAAAAGAGUAAGGACGGAGAUAAAGUAAACUUACUGCAUGAUUCAGUUACCUCUGAUGAUAUUUCUAAGGUUGUUGCCAAAAUGACCGGUAUUCCUACAGAGACGGUGAUGAAAGGUGACAAGGAUCGCCUAUUAUACAUGGAAAAUUCCUUAAAAGAAAGAGUUGUUGGUCAAGAUGAGGCCAUUGCUGCCAUUUCUGAUGCUGUACGUCUACAAAGGGCAGGUUUGACCAGCGAAAAGAGACCGAUUGCCAGCUUUAUGUUCUUGGGACCCACGGGUACUGGUAAGACAGAACUAACCAAGGCUUUAGCUGAAUUCCUGUUUGAUGACGAAUCAAAUGUGAUUCGUUUUGAUAUGUCAGAAUUCCAAGAGAAGCAUACUGUCUCUCGUUUAAUCGGUGCACCUCCAGGUUAUGUCUUAAGCGAGUCUGGUGGCCAAUUGACUGAGGCUGUCAGAAGAAAACCAUAUGCUGUCGUUUUAUUUGAUGAAUUCGAAAAAGCGCAUCCUGAUGUUUCCAAACUACUGUUGCAAGUGUUGGACGAAGGCAAAUUGACCGAUUCCCUGGGCCAUCAUGUUGAUUUCCGUAACACGAUCAUUGUGAUGACCUCAAAUAUUGGACAGGACAUUUUGUUAAACGACACGAAGUUGGGCGAUGAUGGUAAGAUUGACACCGCAACCAAGAAUAAAGUUAUCGAAGCAAUGAAGAGAUCUUAUCCGCCUGAAUUCAUCAAUCGUAUUGACGAUAUUCUAGUCUUUAAUAGAUUAUCAAAGAAGGUUUUGAGGUCAAUUGUUGAUAUUAGGAUUGCAGAAAUUCAGGACCGUUUGGCCGAAAAGAGAAUGAAGAUUGAUUUAACCGAUGAAGCAAAGGAUUGGCUAACUGACAAAGGGUAUGACCAAUUAUAUGGUGCAAGGCCUUUAAAUAGGUUAAUUCAUAGGCAGAUUUUGAACUCCAUGGCAACUUUCUUAUUAAAGGGCCAAAUUAGAAAUGGUGAAACCGUUAGAGUAGUAGUUAAAGAUGGUAAGCUUGUUGUGCUACCAAACCAUGAGGAGGGUGAAGUCAUUGAAGAGGAAACUGAAAAGUAA